UCAUUGAAGCUGUUUUUCUGAAAUUAGGGCUUCGCAGAGCCAGGUUUUGCUCGAGUACCGUAAAGCUUCUCGAGGAGCUUGGCGUUGCAGGCUUCUCUAUUCCGUUAGGUAGUUCUUUCCACAGCCUCGAAGAGGGAGUUAAUGGUGGAUAAGCUUGUAUGCUUUUGUUUGGAGGAUUUGUUUGUGAGCAUUGUGGUUGUUAGGGAGCACGGAAGGGGUUUUACAAGCGUCGACUGAAAUUAAUUCAAAUACAUCGGUGGAGGAGGAGGAGGCACCAGUUCCGUCAUGACAGUGGUGACCACGGCGACCGGUCUGCUGGCCAUGCUGCAGGAGCCACAUCCGACGCUAAAACUGCAUGCGCUUAAGAAUCUGAAUGUGCUGGUGGAUAAAUUUUGGCCCGAGGUAUCAACUAAAGUAUCCGCGAUCGAGUCCUUGUAUGAGGACGAUACCUUCCAUGAACCUGAAUUGGCUGCGUUGGUGGCGUCUAAAGUGUUCUAUUAUUUGGGAGAGCUGAAUGACUCGCUUACGUAUGCGUUAGGGGCUGGAUCGUUGUUCGAUGUGUCGGAGGACACGGAAUAUGUGCAGACUCUCGUGGCCAAAUGUGUGGAUGAAUACAUAUUGCUUAGUGUGAAGGCUGCCGAAUCGAAUGAGAAGGAAAAGACGGUUCUGGAUCCCCGCUUGGUGGCGAUUGUGGAGCGGAUGCUGGAAAAGUGUAUUCAGGAUGGUAAAAUUCAGCAGGCUGUUGGUAUUGCGUUGGAAUGCAGACGGCUUGAUACUCUAGAAGUAGCAAUUAGCAGGAGUGAGAACUCUUCUGCCAUGCUCUCGUAUUGCCUACGCUUGUCACAAACCUUUGUAAAUAAUCGUGCGUUCCGACAUGAAGUUUUGAGACUUUUGGUUAAGAGCUAUCAAGGACUUCAGCAGCCUGACUAUCUAAAUGUAUGUCAGUGUCUCAUGUUCCUGGAUGAGCCAGCGGAAGUUGCUGCAAUUUUGGACAAGCUUUUGAAAGGGGAUAAAAAUGAUGCCCUAUUGGCGUACCAAGUAGCCUUUGACUUGUUUGAAAAUGAGUAUCAAAAGUUUCUUCUGAAUGUUCGGAAUCUUUUGCCCGAACCAUCAAGCAUAUCGAAAACCGCUCCUUCGAUGGUCCUAAACGGAGGAUUGAGUCAGGAUAAUCGUAACGGGAAUGGCAUCAGUGCCAUGACAAGCAGUGGUCCAUCGGCUAUGGACUCCGAUUUGACAGAACCACUGUUAGGGAAUCAUGCAGCAGAGGAAGCCGGAGAUAUUGCAGCAUCGUCAUUCGCACCAGUGGUGGAGAGAACACCGUAUGCCGAGAGAUUAACGAAGUUGAAGGGCAUCUUGUCUGGAGAGACGCCCAUUAGUUUGACUUUGCAGUUUCUGUAUAGUCACAAUAGGUCAGAUCUCCUGAUACUGAAGAAUAUCAAACAGUCUGUGGAGAUGCGGAAUAGCGUUUGUCACAGUGCAACCAUUUACUCUAACGCUCUCAUGCAUGCCGGUACCACGGUGGAUACUUUCUUGCGAGAGAACUUGGACUGGUUGAAGAGAGCUACUAAUUGGGCUAAGUUUAGUGCCACAGCAGGACUAGGUGUUAUUCAUCGGGGUCAUCAUCAACAAGGUAGAUCUUUGAUGGCCCCUUAUUUACCACAGAAUGGAGGAACUGGUGGUGGAAGUCCAUAUUCUGAGGGAGGAGCUCUAUACGCUCUAGGGUUGAUCCAUGCUAACCACGGCGAGGGUAUUAAGCAAUUUCUCUUGGAAAGUUUGCGCAACACUAGCAAUGAAGUAAUUCAACACGGAGCUUGCUUGGGGUUAGGCCUAGCAGCUCUAGGUACAGCAGAUGAGGAGAUCUAUGAAGAUGUGAAGAAUGUCCUUUAUACUGAUAGUGCUGUAGCAGGGGAAGCAGCUGGUAUAGCAAUGGGAUUGCUGAUGGUUGGUACGGCCAGUGAAAAGGCAGCAGAAAUGUUGGCGUAUGCUCAUGACACGCAGCACGAGAAGAUCAUUCGUGGUUUGGCCCUUGGUAUUUCACUGGUUUUGUAUGGACGUGAAGAGGAAGCGGACACAUUAAUCGAGCAGAUGACUGGGGACCAGGAUCCUGUAUUGCGUUAUGGUGGUAUGUAUGCCCUGGCCAUGGCAUAUCGCGGCACUGCUAAUAACAGUGCGAUCCGGCGGUUGCUGCAUUUUGCAGUUUCGGACGUUAGUGAUGAUGUAAGGAGGACGGCUGUGUUGGCGUUAGGUUUUGUUCUGUGUUCGGAGCCUGAGCAGGCACCUCGAAUGGUGUCAUUGCUCUCGGAGUCGUACAAUGCGCAUGUGAGAUACGGGGCUGCAAUGGCUGUAGGUAUUUCAUGCGCUGGUUCAGGAUCCAGUGAAGCGAUCUCUUUGUUGGAACCUCUUACAUCUGAUGCAGUAGAUUUUGUUCGUCAGGGAGCACUCAUAGCCAUGGCCAUGGUUCUUCUACAAACGACAGAGUCUCGAGAGCCUCGUGUAGCCAGUUUCAGGAGACAGCUCGAGAAAAUUAUCAAUGACAAGCAUGAGGAGACCAUGAGCAAAAUGGGAGCUAUUCUUGCUCAAGGGAUUUUAGAUGCAGGAGGCCGGAAUGUCGCGAUCAUGCUGCAAUCUCGUACAGGGCAUGACCGCAUGACCGCAGUCGUAGGAAUGGUCGUUUUCAGCCAAUUUUGGUACUGGUAUCCACUAAUUUAUUUUAUCAGUCUGUCCUUCGCCCCUACAGCUUUCAUAGGUCUGAACGAAGAACUUAGAAUGCCUAAGUUUGACUUCGUCUCUGAAACCAAGCCAUCCUUGUUUGGAUACCCUCCAUCAGUGGUCCCUCCUGCCGCUACUUCUGCUGUGAAGCUGCCGACUGCUGUUCUUUCCACUUCCAACCGUGCAAAAGUCAGAGGCGCAAAGAGGGAAGCAGAAGCUAAAGGAGGAAAAGUAACUGUUCAGGACGCUGGUGCAGGUGCGGAGGGGGCAGUGGGUGGUGACAAAGAGUCCACUUCUGCAGUAAAAGACGAGUGCUCAAUGGAUGUAGAGGAUGGAUUGGAGAAAAAGGCUGUUGUGGCAGAGCCGUCAUCCGAAGUUCUAAAUAAUCCAGCACGUGUGGUGCCUGAACAAGAGAAGUUCAUCAAGUUCAGAGAGGAUUCGAGAUAUACACCUUUGAAGCUGAAGCGAGCUCCCUCGGGCUUUGUGAUGUUGAGAGAUAUGACACCUUCAGAACCAGUAGAGCUGGUUUCGACAGACGCACCUGUGUCUGCAGGUGGUGCAGGAGCAGUAGCUGCUAACACCAAUGCUGUGGCCAUGGUUGUGGAGGAUAACGAAGUUCCUCCUCCUGAGCCUUUUGAGUAUGUUCCUUGAGUGAACGAGGCGUUUUCACUCAUGCUGAUGCAUGCGCAUGCUUUUCAUACGCAUGCGGACAGUCAGUGCCAGCUUCAAAUGUGCAUACACCACCAUAUUCUUUUUUGCAUAUUCAACCAGAUAUCCGGACUUCGAUUGUUGUUUUAUUAGAUUCACCUGAAAUCAGAUUUUAUGUUCACACCUACUAACGAUCUCAAGGUGAGUCUUUGUAUCAUAUGAAUUCAGAUAAGAUUUGAUGAGGUCUAGGAUGAUAUUGUAACUUGUCUUCUAAUUUGACUCUGCAUGAACCUUGAUUACAUUCAGCAA